UUUUCAUUACAGAGAAAGUCUGUUGUUGCCGUGAGUUUCAUUGCAGCAUUCCUCUGUCUGAUCAUUGUUCGUCUCACAAAUGAAGUCACUUUCCCUUUGAUUCUAAACUGCUUUGGACAAACCAGUGUCAAGUGGAUACCAUUUUCUAAUGGCCAAAGGCAGCUUCUGAGAACUCACUAUGGAUAUGUAAACGUGAAAACACAAGAGCCUCUACAACUGGACUGUGACCUCUGUGCCAUCGUUUCCAAUUCCGGACAGAUGGUAGGCCAGAAGGUGGGAGCUGAGAUAGACAAGUCCUCCUGCAUAUGGAGAAUGAACAAUGCACCCACAAAGGGCUAUGAGGAGGAUGUUGGGAAGAGGACGACCAUCAGAGUGGUCUCUCACACAAGUGUGCCUCUCCUACUCAAGAAUCCUGAGUACUUUUUCAAGGAAACCAACAGCACUCUUUAUGUGAUCUGGGGACCUUUUCGAAACAUGAGGAAGGAUGGAAAUGGCAUUGUAUACAACAUGCUGAAGAAAGCUGUUGACAGCUACCCAACUGCCAAAAUCUAUGUGACAACGGAAAAGCGCAUGAGCUACUGUGAUGCAGUGUUUAAGAAGGAGACAGGAAAAGACCGAGUCCAGUCAGGUUCAUAUCUCAGUACGGGUUGGUUUACCUUAAUUUUGGCUAUGGAUGCCUGCUAUGGAAUUCACGUCUAUGGGAUGAUAAAUGACACCUACUGCAAGUCAGAAGGCUUUCGCAAAGUUCCCUACCAUUAUUACGAGCCAGGAAGAGAUGAGUGUGAAGAAUACUUUCUGCAUGAAAAUGCUCCAUAUGGAGGCCAUAGGUUUAUCACAGAAAAGAAAGUAUUUGCUAAGUGGGCCAAGAAACACACAAUAAUAUUUACACACCCCAACUGGACGGUAUCUUGAUACUGGUUUUCUUAACUCCCCCUGAAUAGCAUAAUAUUACAAAAUUGUGUCCGUUUACAAUAAUUUUGCUUACAUCUGGCAGGCUUUUUUCAGCCUGGAUAACAGUAAAUUAAAACCAGGAGACAAAGUGGGUGAUGGUUCAGCUGUUAAGCAAAGUUAACCAAACUGUGGAAGGCAGACACAUUGCUUGUUAUUUCUAAGGGUUUUACUCCAUCCAAUGCACUUUAUGCUUUAACUGGAUUUUUCUUCAGUAGUUAAAAAGAGAUGAGAUUUCCUGUGUUUGCAGAUGUACACAGGGGACUUGGUUGUCCUUUAAAACUUGUCCAUCACCUUAGUUAAUCAAAAUUAAUAUCUGCGGCUCAAUUGCUGUUCCAAAAGUACUGCAGAAAUAGUUUCACUUGUGAUAAUAGCUGGAAUUUCCCACAAAGGAAAUAUGAAGAAAUAUACGGACUUCCAAAGUCUAGUUGUCUUUUCUGUGAGUGAGCAAAUGUUAAAAAACAUCUCAAUACUUUCACAUGCAGCUUGGGUAUAUGCUAAAAUUAGAGAUGAGCUAAACGUGGUUCUUAAACUGCACACAGCUCUCAUCAGAAAAUAUUACUUGCUCAAGGUUCUGGGUUAAUUCAUACCUUCUAAAAUGCAGCUUCAUUCCGUCUUGAUCAGUCUGUACCAUCUUGGAUGAUGUGUUUUAUGUUUUUUGAAAGUGCUAUCCAACAGUUUUGCUCCAGCAGUGUGGAACUGGGCUCUCUUUUAUAGCCCACACUGAACCUUUUGUUGGUGUAACUAACCUGCUGUCAGUAUCCGAGCUGGUUAGAGUAAGGCUGUCACAUGAGCAUCUCCAUUUUCUCCAGUUAUGCCUCUGAGUUGCUCCAACAUCCAAAGGCAGUAUUGACAGUAUUUCCUUCUAGCCACCAUAAUUUAUCUUUCCAGCUUCUCCAUCUUUAAAAAUGGGGAUGAUACCAUCUACCUCACAAGGGAGUUGUGAGGAUUAAUAUGAAUCCAUAAAGCACAUUGCUGAUAAAGAUUGCUACGGUGCAUUCAUUCUUACCACAAAAACAAUGGUACCUGUCAUUUAUUCUUGUCCGUUGGGUAUUUGAAGAAAGUGAUGGCAUGUCUGGAUCUGACGGCAGAUUGCUCUGUGUGUCCUUCUUCCUACUGAGGAUAAUUUGUAAUACUAAGCUCCCCUAGCUGCAUUGCUUCAGAUGGAGUUGAAAGAACUCACCACUUUGUAUUAUCUACACAUCAAGAAGCAGUUCAAGAAUUUUAAAAUAUACUCAUCUCUAGUUGAAACAUGCAUUUCCAAGCUUACUCUCACAGAAAGUUUUCAACUGCAGCAGAUUCAUUUGUAAUAUGACCAUGAAUUUUAUU